UACAUUAUUCUUUGUAUGUUCUUGUUUCUUGGGGUUCAGGAUGAAGAACUGAAAGACAUCAAAGUUGAGAUUAAAGAAGAAGAGAGGUUGGUGAGUGGAGAUCAGCAGUCUAUGGAGGAGGGGGAGAAGAUUAUGGAAAGUAAACAGGAGGAAUCUUCUCUACAUAAGGACACAAAUGAACGUGUUUUAAAUAUCUUGGAGGGAGGUCCGAUGUUCUCUCAGGAUUAUAAGGCAGAAGAUGACAUCACACAACGUUCUCCAGGAGGAAAUCCCGUUACUUGGAGUACACAUCCCACACCUUACCACAUGGAGCGAUCAAUGGAUCCCUCGAAUCCUGAGGACACUUCUGACCAUUCUCAAAAUAUGACUCCUGAUAUCCAUCUGAGACCUCAGAGUGCGGAGAGAUCCACCGAUCUAUCCAAUCCUGAGGAGUCUUCUUUAUGUGAUGGAGGUCACUCUCUAUGUGAUGGAGGUCACUCUUUAUGUGAUGGAGGUCACACAGGAGAGUGCUCAUUGUCCUCUUUGGAUUGCGAGGAAUCUCACACUAACAGACCGCUCACUAAACAGCCGAGCAGUCUCUCGCACGAGAACCCCUUUUCAUGUUCCGAGUGUGGGAAGUUUUACCAUUCAAAACAAAGCCUUCUUAUGCAUCAGAGAAUUCACACAACGGAGCGCCCGUUUUCAUGUCCGGAGUGCGGCAAAUGUUUCAUAAAUAAACACCACUUUGUUGUCCACCAGAGGACUCACACGGGUGAGCGGCCCUAUUCGUGUUCAGAGUGCGGGAAAGGUUUCACUCACAUAGGAAACCUUCUUACGCACCAGAAAAUUCACACGGGUGAGCGUCCUUAUUCAUGCCCAGAGUGCGGGAAAUGUUUCACUCAGAAGGCAAGCCUUCUUAGACACCAGAGGAGUCACACGGGUGAGCGCCCCUAUUUGUGUUCAGAGUGCGGGAAACAUUUCAGCGAUAAGCAAGUACUUCUUAGGCACCAAAGAUUUCAUACAGGGAAGGGGUCGUAUUCAUGUUCACAGUGCGGGAAGUGUUUUAUUCAAAUGAAAGAACUUGAUAAACAUCGUAGAAUGGAUCACGCUAAUCUUCAGGAACCAUCCACACUACCUACAGCUCCACAUCCAGGAUCUCACUAUAUGGAGAACUCACAAGAUCCAUCUAAUCCUAAAGAACUUUCCUUAGACUAUGAAGGAGCUCACAGGGGACAGAUUUCAUUGUCCUGUUCAGUGUGUGGGAAAUGUUUCACUAGAAAGGGUGACCUUUUUAGGCAUCAGAAAAUUCACACAGGUGAGCGUCCUUAUCCAUGUUUAGAGUGUGGGAAAUGUUUCAGUGAAAAGGGGAACCUUCUUACGCACCAGAGAAUCCACACAGGUGAGUGUCCUUAUCCAUGUUUAGAGUGCGGGAAGUGUUUCAGUGAAAAGGGGAACCUUCUAAGGCACCAGAAAGUUCACACAGGUGAGCGUCCUUAUUCAUGCUCAGAGUGCGGGAAAUGUUUCUCUCAAAAAGCAAGCCUUCUUGGGCACCAGAAAAGUCACACAGGAGAACGUCCCUAUUUAUGUGUGGAGUGCGGGAAAUGUUUCACUGAUAAAAAAGUCCUUCUUAGACACCAAAAAAUUCACACAGGGGAGCGUCCUUAUUCAUGUUCAGAAUGCGGGAAAAGUUUUAUUGGGAUGGGUGAACUUCGUGUACAUGAGAGGAUUCAUACAAGGGAGAAACCCUUUUCGUGCUCAGAGUGCGGGAAAUGUUUCGCUGAGAAAAGAAGUCUUCUUAGACACCAGAAAAGCCACAUGGAUGAGCAUCCUUAUUCAUGUUGAGAUUGCGGGAAAUGUUUCACUUGAGAAAGGCCAACUUCUCCAAUGAUGGACAACAACGUGAGGAGAGUAGAUCGUCCUCCA